ACAAAAGGCAACACACUCUCUCUUUCACUCAUUCUCUCCUUGCUCUGCUACUAACUUUCUCAGAGGGAUACUGAGAAAGCAAUGGCGGCAUUACCAUUCUCCACGAAAUCAACGCCGUCAAAGUUCGUCUCAACCUUCAUACACUCCAACCACAUAAGAAGAAACUCGAGACCGUUUUUUAUCACAACAACCACUUGUUCCCGCAGCCGAGCAAGGAGGCAGCUUCGUGUGAAGAACGUGGCGACUGAUGAGAAAGAUGUCGCCACUCAAACCCAACAAGGCAGUUUGGCUACAAAUCCUCCGGAUUCUUCAUCCAUUGCAUCGAAUAUCAAAUACCAUGCCGAAUUCACACCCUCUUUCUCUAUCGAAUCUUUCGCGCUUCCCAAGGCAUUCUAUGCUACCGCUGAAAGUGUUCGUGACAUGCUCAUUGUUAAUUGGAACGCUACAUAUGAGUACUAUGACAGGCUGAAUGUAAAGCAGGCAUAUUAUCUCUCAAUGGAGUUUCUACAGGGAAGAGCAUUGCUGAAUGCCAUUGGUAACUUGGAGCUUUCGGGGGCUUAUGCAGACGCCUUGAAAACGCUAGGGCACAAUCUAGAGGAUGUAGCUAGGCAGGAACCGGAUGCUGCGCUUGGAAAUGGCGGGUUGGGGAGGCUUGCUUCAUGCUUUUUGGACUCCCUGGCCACUCAAAAUUACCCGGCAUGGGGAUACGGACUCAGAUACAAGUAUGGCUUAUUUAAACAGCACAUUACAAAAGAUGGGCAGGAGGAAGUUGCUGAAAAUUGGCUGGAGAUGGGAAAUCCGUGGGAAAUUCCAAGAAAUGAUGUGAGCUAUCCUGUAAAAUUCUACGGCGAAGUUGUUUCUGGGCUAGAUGGAAAAAAGACAUGGAUUGGAGGAGAAAAUGUCACAGCGGUUGCCUAUGAUGUCCCCAUACCAGGAUUUAAAACUAAAACCACCAUAAACCUUCGACUUUGGUCCACAAAAGUAGCACCAGAAGAGUUUGAUUCACAUGCUUUCAACACUGGAGAUCAUGCCAAGGCGUAUGCAGCUCUAAAGAAUGCCGAAAAGAUCUGUUAUGUAUUGUACCCUGGGGAUGAAUCCAUGGAGGGAAAAUCACUUCGGUUAAAGCAACAGUACACAUUGUGUUCGGCUUCUCUCCAAGAUAUAGUUGCGCGGUUUGAGAGAAGAUCGGGGAGUCUGAAAUGGGAGGAGUUUCCUGAGAAGGUUGCAGUGCAGAUGAAUGAUACUCAUCCAACUCUCUGCAUCCCGGAGUUGAUAAGGAUAUUGAUGGACGUUAAGGGCUUGAGCUGGACGGAAGCCUGGGAUAUUACUCGAAGAACUGUUGCAUACACUAAUCAUACAGUAUUACCUGAGGCAUUGGAGAAAUGGAGUUUGCAGCUCAUACAGGAAUUACUUCCUCGACACGUUGAGAUCAUAAGAACGAUUGAUGAGGAGCUAAUUCAUACCAUUAUUGCUGAGUACGGCACAGAGGAUCUUAACUUGUUGGAACAAAAACUGAGAGAAAUGAGAAUUCUUGAUAAUAUCGAUCUGCCUGACUCAGUCAUUGGAAUUCUCUGUAAAUCAGAAGAAAGUUCUGCAGUUGAUCACGUUGAGGAAGUCGAUUUUUCUGAUAAAGAAGCUAAAACCACUGAUGAAGUAGGUCAAUCUAAAGUACUGGACACUAAUACAAAAAAUGAGGUUACAUUGGAACCGGAUCCUAAACUUCCAAAGACGGUGAGAAUGGCUAAUCUAUGCAUUGCUGGUGGACAUGCAGUAAACGGCGUUGCUGAGAUUCACAGCGAAAUAGUGAAGAACGAAGUAUUUAACGAUUUCCAUAAGUUGUGGCCUGAGAAAUUUCAAAACAAGACAAAUGGGGUGACACCGAGAAGAUGGAUUCGUUUCUGCAAUCCAGGUCUAAGUAAAAUUAUAACCAAAUGGAUUGGAACAGACGAUUGGGUAAGAAAUACUGACAUGUUGGUCACCCUUCGGAAGUUUGCUGAUAAUGAAGAACUCCAAUCCGAAUGGAGGGAAGCAAAAAGGAGAAACAAGAUUAAGGUUGCAUCCUUCCUCAAGGAAAAAACUGGUUAUCUAGUCAACCCUGACGCAAUGUUUGAUGUGCAAGUGAAGCGCAUUCAUGAAUACAAACGGCAGCUAUUGAACAUCCUGGGUAUCAUUUAUCGCUACAAGAAAAUGAAGGAAAUGAGUCCUGAGGAAAGAAAAGCAAAGUUUGUUCCAAGGGUGUGUAUAUUUGGAGGAAAGGCAUUCGCAACCUACAUCCAAGCGAAAAGGAUUGUGAAAUUUAUCACAGAUGUAGGAGCCACAGUGAAUUGCGAUCGGGACAUAGGUGACCUUUUAAAGGUUGUGUUUGUUCCUGACUACAAUGUCAGUGUUGCUGAAGUGCUUAUUCCCGGUAGUGAGCUCUCCCAGCAUAUCAGCACUGCUGGAAUGGAGGCGAGUGGAACUAGCAACAUGAAGUUUGCAAUGAAUGGUUGCGUACAAAUUGGAACCCUAGAUGGGGCAAAUGUCGAAAUAAGAGAAGAGGUUGGAGAGGACAACUUUUUCCUCUUUGGUGCACAUGCUCAUGAAAUUGCCGGGCUAAGGAAAGAAAGAUCUGAAGGAAAGUUCGUUCCGGACCCGCGGUUCGAAGAAGUGAAGGCAUUUGUGAGAACCGGCGUGUUUGGUCCUUACAACUAUGAUGAACUCAUGGGAUCAUUGGAAGGAAAUGAAGGUUAUGGUCGUGCUGAUUACUUUCUCGUUGGCAAGGACUUCCCUAGUUACCUUGAGUGCCAAGACAAGGUUGAUGAGGCAUAUCGAGACCAAAAGAGAUGGACGAGGAAGUCGAUUUUGAACACAGCUGGUUCGUACAAGUUCAGCAGUGACCGUACAAUUCAUGAAUACGCGAGAGACAUAUGGAAGAUUGAACCUGUUGUUUUCCAGUAGAGUGAAAGGUGGAAGUGACGCUUCUACGGAAGAAGUAGAAGACUAUGUUUCUAUUGAAAAGGUAGAAGAGUAAUUUGUGUGUAGGUCAUUUGAAUUUGUCCAUUGUAUUUUUGAAUUUGUCGUUGUCGAAUUCUUUUGAAUUUGGAUACCUCUGUCGUUUCCAUUUGAAUUUGCAGACCUUAGUGGUUUUCAUUUAGAUAUUAUUUGUUAUAUUUUUUAAGAGACAAUUUUAUAAUUUCA